AUGACCCUAUCAUUCCGUGUAAACCCCGAGUACGCAGCAAUGUCAGAAAUCGUCCCCGGCCUAUUCAUCUGUGGAGUCUCAGCCCUAUCCAACGAAGAAAUGAAGAAGCACAAGAUCACACACAUCAUCAAUGCGACCACAGAAGUUCCCAAUUUGAGAAGUCUCGGUGACAUUCAACGGACCAAACUGUGGCUUGAGGACACUCCACAGACCUAUAUCUACCCACAUUUGGAAUUGCAGUCCGAUCAGAUUCAGGCGUUGAUUGCGGAUGGUGGAAAGGUCUUGGUCCAUUGUGUAGCUGGAGUUUCAAGAUCUGCGUCGAUCUGCUUGGCGUUUUUGUUGAAGUAUAGAUGCCGAAACCUUCGUGAGGCUUAUCAUCUGAUGAAGUCCAAGCGAGUGAUGGUCCGACCGAACCUUGGAUUCUGGAGACAGUUGAUUGCCUAUGAGCAGAACGUAAAGGAAAACUCUGGCUCCGUGCGGCUGGUGAGAGAUGAGGCACAACCGGAACAACUGUUGCCUGAUGUGUACUUGAAUAUUGCGAUUCCAGCGAGACCAGCGAGCCCCGAACAAGAUCCAAAUAUGAUCCCAGACGAGCCAAUGGGCCGCAGAAAUUCUGGAGCCAAAAAUAAAUUCCGACCAGUUCUGGAGCCAGUUAUGGAGAUGGCCGAAGCUGUUUGUUGA